AUGGCGGACUACUGCGGAGGAUAUCCACAAGCGAACGUGCCCCGCGGCGUCGCUGACUGUAAAGGAAGUCAAGAAACGCUCCUAGCUCAAUCGCGAGCGUUGUUUCGCUCAAUCAUCGUGAUUCUUUUACAACUAAUAUCCACAGCAAUGCUGAUGGCAGUGUGCAUAUAUUCUAUACAAAAAGAAAUAUAUUUUAUGUAUGAAUCAAGGACUUACUCUAGCACUUCACCCGGAAGCGAGUAGUCGCUAAAGUCUCUCGCUGUAUUGUUAAAUCUGUCCACUGAGUACCUCAAUCCACACUAUCGAUAAUCAGAUUCCUAGUCUAUUCUUCUCUUAUUCAUCUGCUUGCACCUCUACAAUUAUGUAAGACCUUCUAUUUGAUUCUCGUGGAAGCGAGUACGUAAGACCGAACAAGUUUGUGUCUUGUUUAAGUGAGUGGAAUUCCUUCGAGAGAGCUUAUUUUUUCUAUCUUGACCAUAAGCAGAGGGGUCGCGACCUCUCUGUCUCCUACAGGCAAACAGAAUUCAAUAUCUUGAAAUUAUUCAAACAGCCGCAUCAGUUAAGUUCUUCAGUAUUAGGCUCCAUUUCAAUGCAACUCAAGCAAGUACAUUCCAGGUCAAGCUGCAGAGCUCAAAUCCUAGUAACAAGUAAUUCUGCAAGUGGGAUCCACCUUAUCGCGAUCAGAGUUACGUCUAAGCCCUGAAUAAAGUUCCAAGAAUGAAAAAAAGUUGCUGCAUUAAGUUCCUACAUUUAUCAACAGUAAUCCAUGUCUACGAGAGAAAACGCAGGUGGCAGUUCAGUGAAAAAAUCAAAAGUAAAACGACCUAAUAGUUACAAUGUCGAUGCUACCGAUCUGAAAGAGAAUAAGACUCUGCAGAGC